UUUAAGAUAAUUUAUGGUUUAACCCAGUGAUGACAUGUUUCAUUCCAUUGUCAGGUUGCUUUUAAGAUGUAUCUGGGUGUCACCCCUACUGUGACUUGCAACAAUGCAAUGGGAAAUGAGUUUUCUCUCAUUCUGGCCAAGAAUCCCUUAGUGGACUUUGUGGAGGAGCUACCCGCAAGUCGAUCAUCUCUUUGCUAUUGCAGCCUGUUGUCUGGGACCAUCCGAGGUGCUCUGGAAAUGAUACACCUAGCAGCUGAAGUGAUUUUCCUUCAAGACACUCUGAAAGGAGAUGAUGUGACAGAAAUCCGAAUCACAUUCUUGAAGAAGGCUGAAACCAAAAAAUACAAGAGAAAUAAAUGAAACUGUUGUCUGAAAUAAUUAUAGGGUCAUCCAAGCCUUUGUAGCUGCCUACAAAGGGUAACCUUCCAAUACACCCAGAACAUGACUAAAAAUAAACAGUUUUUCUAGUCCAGGCCAUGCAUGCCCACAAGCUUGUUGGAGGAACAAGAAAUUAGCAUACAAUCCCCGCAAGGAAAUGUGUAAUGCUCCAAAAUGUAUUUAUUGCCAGGAACUGGAUGGUGAAUAUCCGUAAAAUCUCUGCUCCCUGAAAAAUAUCCUUGCAUGCUGCUUCAUAUUGGAGCUGUGCUACAUCUGUUUCAGUGAGGUAAAUUUCAGUGCUGUGAAGAACAAGGUUUUCUUAGGACUCUUAAGAGUGAUAAUUCUCCUGAGGAAUUGCCUGAGGGAACUUUCUCAGGCCAGAUAAUUCCAUGAAAUGUAGUAAUGCAACCACCAAACCUUUCCAUGUUUGUUACAGCUCCCUGCAAUGAAAAGGGUGAAUGAGAUAUAUAAAUAUAUUAUCUGAACCAAAUUGUGCAUGAAAUUAUAUCAGAAUGUAAAAUAUAUUUUUGCCUUCAUUUAUGAUAGAGGUUGACCAAAGUCGUCUUCUGACAUAGCAUUUAGUGAGCAAAAGGAGGAUCAAGACAUGGCUAAGAAAUGUAGCUUUCAUUUUGCAACUUUAACAGAAACAUGGCUUCUGAGAAGUAAUCCAUCUAAAGACUUCCAGAGCAAAAAUUCUAGGUUUUUGAAAACUAGGUAUUAUUAUUUUAAAAAAAAAAAACCUUGGAAAAUUCAAUUUCCAAGAAUCCUGAUUUGCAAUAUAUGGAUG